AACUUUUUCUUUCCCUCAGCUGCCUCAUUUUAACGGCUCCCUUGACAGAUGGAGAAGCUGAUACUUAGAAAAAUCUAACUUCCUCAAAGUCAUCCAGCUGGUGAGGCAGCACUGAGAGCUGCACUUAGCAGCUGUCUGUAGGACCCUGGAAUUCUCACUCUACCACGUCUUCCUUCUCCAAGGAAGCAGACCCUCUUAGACCCCACAGCAGCCUUCAGAUAAGGAGGCUACUCAGCUGGAGCCACCUACAGUUCUGCUUCUGCACCUGGACCUUAUAGAAACUGGCGGCUGAUGGUAAUAAAUGGCAACUGGUGGUAUUAUUCCCAUUGACCUGGCCUUGCUCAUGUCUCUAGGAGGCAGGAGGGAGCCCUGGAGGACUCCUGCCCGAAAACAGGCCAUGGCACAGUGGUGGUGGCUCCUGCUAGGGCUGUGGACAGUUAUGCCCACCCAGGCUGGGGACAAGCUGCUGAAUGUCUGCAUGAAUGCCAGAUACCACAAGAGAGAACCUGGUCCAGAAGAUAAGCUCUUUCUGCAGUGUGCCCCCUGGAAGGACAAUGCCUGCUGCACCGCCACCACAAGCUGGGAAGCUCACCGCUCAGAGUCAUACCUUCACAACUUCAGCUUGAUUCACUGUGGAUUGUUGACCCCAAGCUGUCAGAGGCACUUCAUUCAGGCCACCUGCUUCUACGAAUGUUCCCCUAACUUGGGACCUUGGAUCCGGCUGGUGGACCCACAGGAUCUGGAAGAGCGAGUUCUGGGCGUACCGCUGUGCCAGGAGGACUGUGAGGAGUGGUGGGCUGACUGCAGCAGUUCUUACACUUGCAAAUCCAACUGGCAUGGAGGCUGGGACUGGAGUCAAGGGAAGAGCCGUUGUCCAGCAGGGGCCCUUUGCCGCCCUUUCCCAGAUUAUUUCCCCACCCCGGCUGACCUGUGUGAGAAGAUCUGGAGCAACUCCUUCAAGGCGAGCUCUGCGCACAGGAACAGCGGGCGCUGUCUCCAGAAGUGGUUUGCACCCGAUAAGGAAAACCCCAAUGUAGCCGUGGCCCAACAUUUUGCCAGCCUUGCCCCAGCCUGGGAGCACUCCUACACCCUUAUGGCCUUCUGUCUGUUCCUGUGGGCCCUUUUCUGAGGACACCUUCUUCUCCCAAUCAUUUUUCUUGCUCCCACCAACUAUAGGCCAGGCCAUGACCACCACCUUUCUUGGGAAGGGGAAGUUCAGGCCAUAGUAGCUAGUGCCUGAGACCCCCACCUCUACCUGAGAAGCAGUUGGGAACCAGCAGUGCUACAGUGACCCAUACCUUGCCUUUACCAAAAGGAUUCAGAAUGGGACUCCACGAGUUCCAUCUUCUUGUGGCCAUUUGCCUAUCCUUCCAUGGCAGAGCAUAUGGUAGCAGCCUGGCCUCCCAUCCAACCAUAGAGCUUUCAAUAAAAUGUUGGUGGACCUGUCCUCUCUGUGAAUCACUCUGCCUCAGCUUGUCUGCUACACUAAGUAUCAGAGUUAGCAUGCUCCUUAAGAGUUACUAAUUUCUUAAUAUCUGCCACAUAUCUUUAUAACACCACUGUCAAUACCCACCCCUUAGAAGUGAUUCAUCAUAACAAAGACCCAAAGCCAGGUUGAGGGAUGGGGUCACCCAGCCCACUGGUUCAAUUUUGGAUACCAAGAUUGGGGCAGCUACUUCAACUGCCCUCUUCCUUUACCCACUUUCUUUUACUCCCAGAAUCACAACAUACUGGUCUGGAUUUUGGAAACCUGAGUUCUAAUCUAGCCUUUCCACUUUCUAUGUAACUAUUGGCAACUCCUUUGACCUUUAGACAGGAUUUCUCACUCAGCUAAGGGGAAUAAGGUUGUUGAAUCAGAUGAUUAAAAUUAUAAAAAAGAAAAAGCUUGUUUCCUAGGGUACAGUGUGUGCUUCUGUGGAAGUGCCAUGUUCCCCAGAAGGAGAUGGCAGCAUCAAAUGGAACUGGAGAAUGGGUACAACUUUGAGUCUCUGUGAGUGGUCUGCUCUCUGGGAACUUUGUGGAUCCAGAAACUCAACUCCUCCCAGCACUACAUGACUAGUGGUGGUGACUUCCUUACAACCUUUUCUGUGACAAAGACAGUUCUAGCACCUGAGUUGGCUGGCCUUUCAAAUAAGUGCUCGUUCUUGCCAGACACUAGCAAACUCUGCUCAUCAAAGAAACUCGGCCUCCAUUCUUUCUUACCUGUCUUGAAUGUGCUCAUUUACAGAGCAAGCCUUGUCACAGAUAGAGCAUUGCAAUCACAAAGCCAUACAUGCUGCUUAAAACCUAGGAUAGGAGGCAGAGGGCAGUAGGUGUAGGGACAAAUCUCAUCACAGGAAGUUUGCAAGAAAGGUUGUAAGGCAAGAGCUGGGUCAUGAGAGAAACAAAGGGCUUGAGCCCAGUGGAGGAAGGCAUAGGAAGGGGAUGCUGAUCAAAACUCAAGUGAUGCCUCAAGGUACCAACCAUGAGGAACAGGAAUUCCAAAUUUAAUCCAAUUUAGUCAGAAGAUGAGGAGAUCAAAUGUGCAAAGACAGCCUAGGCAAAUUUUGAGACCCUAUUUAGGGGGGAAAAAACUUCAGUAUUGGCUGGAAAACUGCAGGUAGGUAAAAUCUCUUCAGGAUCAAGGAUCAAAAAAGUGUCUGAGGUGAUUAGUUUAAUAAAGUUGAGAGUUUGAUACCUUUUUAAAGAAUUUUAGGGGAUAAAUAUUAAAAAGCAUGCAUAAACAGAUUAAAAACUGGACUGAGCAAAGCCAAGAUAGUUCUGGGAGCCCUAAUAGCUUUUAGUGGUUAUUGAUCAUUUGCCACACACCCAGGGCCUUCCUCUGCUGAGUGUGUAACAUGUGUGCAGCAAUUCAUUGGAUCCUCGUGGAAGUCUUGACAGGUAUUCUUAUUAGCCACAUUUUUCAAAUUAGAACAUAAACAUAAGUAGGUUUGAAACUAGAAAAGUGUGAUCCCAUAACUCCAGCUCAUAGGCUUGCACCAAAGAGCCUGGUAGGUAGUUAAGUGGAGCUGAACCAAGUGUAGAGGUCUUAGGAAAAGAGGGAGGGCUGGCUCGCCAGGGAGAAGUCACAGGCAAGAGGGAGACUGAACUUCACUCCUUUCCUGUGGUUGGCAGGGGUGGGGUGAACUGUCAGAAUUGCAGUUACAUUAUCCUUUCAGUCAAAGCAAUCUAUACACAUUGCCAAAAGCCAAAGGACUUCCAAGCCAAACCAAAAGAGCCCCAGUAAACCUGCCCCUCCAACUCCAAGGUCCCCACCAGAUGCACCCACUUCUAGCCAUUUCUCGAUUUAGCUAGACACAAGUUACAAGGAGUGGCUUAUCUUUUUUGCUGCAUAUUCAGACUAUCUUUUUGCUCUCUGUUCUAUCAGAGUUUCUCAUCUUACUCUUCCAAUCUUUUUAAUUUUGGCAAUCCACAUUUAAUUCCAGGAGACUCUUUUUUUUUUUUUAUUCCCUUGUUGUUUUUCACAACCUACUGUUUUGGCUUUAUGGAAGUAAUAUCUUCUUAUGCCUCACCAAAGAUCUAAUUAGAAUUAUUUUUCAAAAGCUGUUUCUAGUCUCAUAAUGAUGAUUUCUCCAAGGUCACUCUGUUCUAUUCUGUUCUGAUUGUCUUUCAUCUGCUGCUGGGUGUUGCCCUUCUGGUGACUUUGGCUGUCUAUCCAUAUUUAAGAGUGAGGGGCUACAUCAACAUUUCUAGAUGUCUUUUCCUUCCAUGAUUACUCAGGUACAUCUUCAUUCUCUCAGUAUAAAGCUGCUAAGGUUGGAGGGUUCUGAGCAUUGGAGUGGGGGGGGGGGUAACUAGAUGUUGUUACCAGGGGUGGAAAUAAAGGAAGACUCCCAAACAAGAGCAGGCAGAGGCUGUUGAUUCAGAGCUUGCUGUAAAGAAGCAUUCAGGCACCAUCACUUGUAUUUUGGCAGAGACUCAAAGGCAAGCAGAGCAGUGGGGAAACUUUGGAGUAGGAGAAAGGGAAAUCCUCAGAUCUUCUCUGGGUAGGACUGGUGUCAGGGAAAGCAACAGGUAGCUGAAAGCUGUGCGUCCCAGGUGCCUGGCAAGGGGACCAUUUGGCUUUCUGCAGUUUGUCCUAAAUUGAAGCAGCAAUAAAAACUAGGGAGUUGGAAGGUAUUAAUCAAGUCCAUGUCAUUUGGGACUGAUUGUUAUCGGUGUUAUUGGAUGGUUUCCUGGGCUACGUGACAGACACAAUGGUCUAGACAAUAGUCUAGACACUACUAUAAAUAGUGUAGUGGCUUCUAGACUAGUUAUUGUAGAUAAUCACAUUUGGAGAUCUAUUUCUAAUAUCGUCCUGACCAUUGUCCAUUUGUUUAUUUGUUUUCUCAAGACUGAGUUAACAGGGGCUAUCUUGGGCCGGGGGCCUGACACUCAUGUGAAACUUCAACGCUAUCCAGAAUUUCAUCUAAUUUUUAAAGAAGUCCUCUUCCAAGGUCCACUGAUUAAUAAUGAUGGGCUUUCUGAACUCUGAUUUAGGCAAAGAACAUGGUGAGGUGAGUGUGUUUAUUUUUCUCUCUGCCAACUCUGUACUCAGAGCAUUUCAGAGGUUUGCCUGGCAGAUCAGCUCUGUCUUCCACCACAGCUGGCUCCCACACUUCCUCUAGCCUCCCCUUGACCCUUUGAUUGCUUUCAUAUGCUUUAUAUUUUCUAAAUAUUCAUUAAACCUUCUUUUCUGAUGAUUUUCUUCUCAUGCUUUUGGUAGAGGAAUAGUUGGAAAUAAACAAUCGUUUUAGUGGGAGUCCAGGCAUUCAUUUCACCCUCUGUAACCAGUAGCUGCAGAUUUUUUUAAGAUUCAAUUGUUAUAUAAACAAUAACUUUAAAGAGGGCCAAAUGAAAGAAAAGAUAACCAAAGGAAAUAUAGGAUGAUUUUCAGGAGAGAAGUGAAAUAUGAAGACAAAUGUUAACUAAAUUUUGAGUAACCUUCUAGGAGUCAUGAAGUCAGGCUAGAUACAGGUAGUAGUCCAGAAAAGGUCAGAUUCAAGGACUAUUAGGAAGAUAGAAUUUGGAAAAGUUUGGAUCAUAAUUUUACAUGAAGUUCCAUAAACAUAGGUAUUAAGUAAAAUGUGUGGAAUAGAGAACUGUUAGCAAAAAAUCAAAGGCUUUGGGUAAUUUGAUGAUGCCUACAGUUCAAAGAGGUCCUGGUGCUGGCCUGGAUCCCACUCGGUCUUGAGUAGACAGGAAGAAGCUGGAGGAUGCUGCUUCUGCUGUAUGCAACCCAGUCCCUUUUGCAUGUUAGGAAUAGCCAGCCCCAUUCAGGUCCUUCCUCUGAGAAUACUGGGAAGUCCUGGGUGGCAGAUGAAAAACAAAAAUAAAAUUUAAUAUACUGUCUUUAAUUUAAGAUACCUUUCUGAGUAACGCUUUGCAGGAAAGUCCCUCCCCAAGUGCAGAAGUGGGUGUAAUCCGGCAUUUGUUGCACAAAGACCUUGUUCCCAGACUACGUUUAUGUGGCUGCCUGAAAAAGAAGUGCCAUGCCCCCUUCCAAUCUCCCCCACCUCCACCUCCACAGAAGUGACUAAUUCCUUAGGGGUUUCUUAAAGUUUUAACUAUUGAAGGACCCAGAUUUGCAGAUUAUUCUGGGUCUCAGGAUAGUGUCUGUUAGAGCAAAUCGUUUUCCUAGCCCCAGAAGGAAAGAUGAAUUGAAUGCACUCAAAAGGCACACUGUUUAUGCCAACACCACCCGUUAUUUCCCUUUUCCUUUAUUCCCUUUGUUCUGCUCACAUCCAUACUCUGAAACCAAGCCAAAAUACAAGUGAUGGUGCCUGAAUCCCUCCCUGCAGCAUGCUCUGAAUAAGCAGCCCUGCUUGCUCUUGUUUGGGAGCGUUCCUUUAUUUCCACCCCUGGUAGCAGCAUCUAGUUAAUCCCUCCCCUCAUCCCCGGAGCCCUCCAUCAGAAACCACUUUUGGUGGUGCUUUGCCACAAAUGAAUGGAAUAGAAAAACAGAAGGAGGAGGGCUUCCUGGGGAGGUGGGACUGAGGGGAGCUUUGAGAUGCUGGUGAGAUAGCAGCAUGGGGAUCUUGAUGACAGUUGAGCUGCAGUGCAGGAGAAAGGGCUAGGCCAGAGAUUGGGCCCACUCUUCCUAGAAGUGUUAUUUGGUGCUGAGGAACUUAGUAAUCCUCUAAGGGAAAUGUGAAGAGAAAAAUGAAAAGCAUAUGGGGAGUCCCCUUACUUACUUGCAGCUGGUAAAGAUAUAUGGAAAGAAACCAAGAGUAAAAAGGCAGGUAGAAAGAUGUCUUUCAAGAAACACAAAAACAAAUUCUGGUUCCCUGGUGAGCAGCUGUGGAUCGGGCAAGCUGAGGCCGCUCCAGGGAAAUAGACCACCCAGCGUCUUCCGAGAUCCAAGAUCUGCACCAUGGUGGAACUUAGGGUGUUGAGAAACAAAGCAACCCACUCACCUCCCUAGUAAGCCGCAGUGAGCCUACUGGUACAUGGGCUGAGAAUCCCAUCCCCUGUCCCCAUUAGCAAAUGGGAGCCAGAGGUCUGAGCAUCUCUUGGGAAGUUGACAUGCAAUACAGCAAAUAAGAAAGAUUUCUUUCCACCAUCUCUUUGAAGGCAAAUAUUGUUAUCACUGUUUUGCUUUGUUCUGAUUAACUGUAUUGCUCUAUUCAAUAUUCUGUUUUUGAUAAGUUCUAUAAUAAUCUGUAUUUCAUUUUAUUUUGCUAUACCUGAUUGAAAGAAAAACUAUUGUGAAGAUAAUGAGACAUACUAUGGUACCUACUAUUAUUAUCCUGGUAACCUGCUGUGAUAUUCUAUACCAAUUUCACUGCACUAUCUCAAUUGGCUUUGUUCUGUCUUAUUCUGUUGUAUUUUACUACCUUCAAAAUAAUAAACAAAAUUUUAAAAA